CCCAAGUUGAUGUUUAAACCCUUGGGAUGGGUGCUGAGAAAUGGGAAGAGCUGCCACGUCUGCAUUCUACAUUCCGAUUGGCUUACCAUCCCUGUUAUUUGCAGGUGGUCCUGGAAAGCAAAGUGUAGAUUUGGAAGCACGGACGAGAUCCAGAGCAAACGAAGAUUACACAAGUGGCAGCUUCCAACAGGGUAAGUCUCUACAGCAAAGGAAAAGUUGGAUGGGCUGUCAGUGGCGAAGCUGCAUGCUCCGGCACUGGGGACGUGGCUUGCGCGCGUCCUGGGGGCAUGCGCCCAGCGUGGGGGGUUGCGUGGCGUGAAUCCGGGAGGGUGGGAGUGGCCACGAUAGCACCCCCCUCCCUGAUGGUGCCAGGGGCGAUGCGCGCCCCCCCCAUUCCUCCGCCAGUGUGGGCAGUAACAUUGAGUUUCUGGCACCAAAUGAAAAGCAUAGACAGUGGUACCUCUGGUUGCGAACGGGAUCCGUUCCGGAGGCCCAUUCGCAACAUGAAAGGUACGCAACCCGCAGCGGCGCAUCUGCGCACACGCGGGUUGUGAUUCGCCGCUUCUGCGCAUGCACGUGACACCAUUUUGUGCUUCUGCGCAUGCACGAAAGGUGAAACCCGGAAGUAACCCUUUCCGGUACUUCCGGGUCGCCGCGGGACGCAACCUGAAAAAAUGUAACAUGAAGCAAAUGUAACAUGAGGUAUGACUGUACAGUGGUACCUCGGGUUAAGUACUUAAUUCGUUCUGGAGGUCCGUUCUUAACCUGAAACUGUUCUUAACCUGAAGCACCACUUUAGCUAAUGGGGCCUCCUGCUGCUGCCGCGCCGCUGGAGCACGAUUUCUGUUCUCAUUCUGAGGCAAAGUUCUUAACCCGAGGUAAUAUUUCUGGGUUAGCGGAGUCUGUAACCUGAAGCAUAUGUAACCCGAGGUACCACUGUAUGUUUUAUGACAGAUGACUUCUAUCCCCCCUCCCCCGCAAUUUGUCGGUAGCAAAUAUAAUGGGGCAGGAACCACAGGUCACUGAUUUUGAAAGGAGGAAUUGAGUUUGAAUGCAGAAAUUCCAAGAUUCAAUCCUUGGCAUCUUUGCUUGAAGAUGAAAGGGAGUGGAAUUGAUCAGGACGGCCGCUGGCUACCAAUCAGAGUAGACAAUACUGAAGUGAAUGAACAAAUAGUCUGAGCUGGUAUAUGCAAGUUUCCAAAUAAUGCAGAAUGUUUUUUUCAGGCAGGACAGAUCUAACAAAAAAAUAAUGGGUAUGUUCAGCCUUACAAGACUUGCCAAUAAUGUUACAGUGGUACCUCGGGUUAAGAACUUAAUUCGUUCUGGAGGUCCAUUCUUAACCUGAAACUGUUCUUAACCUGAGGUACCACUUUAGCUAAUGGGGCCUCCCGCUGCCACUGUGCUGCUGCCACACAAUUUCUGUUCUCAUCCUGAGGUAAAGUUCUUAACCUGAGAUAUUAUUUCUGGGUUAGCAGAGUCUGUAACCUGAAGCAUCUGUAACCUGAAGUGUCUGUAACCCGAAGUGUCUGUAACCCGAGGUACCACUGUACAUGAAGUCAGAAUGUAUUUUAGAGCAAACUGGGAAAGGGGAGAGAUAAACAAGCUCAUGGCUAAACUGGUGACUGGUAGCGAAGAGGGCGUAAUUUGUUCAGUUCCGCCUAAUAUGUACACAAACCAAAACAGAGCUAGCUAGCCUUUUAAAUUCAUAUUUCUCCAAAUACCGCCAUGCAGUUCCUUGACCCAAAAAUGGGUACCAAAAACAAACAAAAAAGCAUGUGUUAGGGGAAAGUGCGCAUGAAAAUGAAUAUAUUGCUCAAUGUAAUGUACAAAAAUGCAUUGUUUUAGAGGGAAUUCCUUGUAAGGUGUUACAUCAGGCAAUGUUAUUCUGCACAGAAAUGCACAAAAUUAUGUACAUUGGUGUACAUAAAUUAGGUGAAAUGUGCAUGAGGAGGUGAACAAAUUUUAAUGCACUGUUUUUUUAAAAAAAUGCAAACAAAUGCAGUAACUAAGGCAUUUCAGUGCUAAAUAAAAGACUGAUUUUAGAAAGCAUGGUGAAAGAAGAAAAAACAAUUACAGUGGUACCUUGGGUUAAGUACUUAAUUCGUUCUGGAGGUCUGUUCUUAACCUGAAGCACCACUUUAGCUAAUGGGGCCUCCCACUGUCGCUGCGCGAUUUCUAUUCUCAUCCUGAAGCUAAGUUUUUAACCUGAGGUACUAUUUCUGAGUUAGCAGAGUCUGUAACCUGAAGUGUUUGUAACCUGAAGCGCAUGCAACCCGAGGUACCACUGUAUAGUAAAACGUGUAGAAGAGGAUAGGUUCCGCUGCCUGAUAUAUCACUUUACUCGUCAAAACCACACCAUAGAAAGGUAGUGCAAUGUUGUCUGUUCUUUCAACACAAAAAAGGCCAGGUUUUCUGCAGACUGAGAAGGAUGGGGAACCACAGUAAGUCCAUGAUUUGAUCACAGGGGUCGGCAAAGUUUUUGUGGCUUGGGCCGGUUCACGGUCUCGCAGACGCCAUGGCGGGCCAGAGUGCGUGCGCACGCAUGCGCAAACACUAUUUCCGGCGCUCCUUCCGGCGUGGAGAGGUGCGCAGCUUCCCAUUGGCUGCUGGAGUUUCCUGCAACCAAUGGGAAGCCGGCCAGCAUCGUGAAAGGCGGUCCCCGCUCUGCUCUGCACCGGUUUAGCGCGGCGCACGGGAGCCGACUAUGCAGGUGGCAGGGGUCCCUGAGCAGGCGGCAGGGGUCCAUAGGCCGGUUAAACAACCCCCACAGGCUGCUUAUGGCCCAUGGGCCUUAGGUUGCUGACCCCUGAUUGAUGGCAUCAUGUAGACGCCCAGUAAAAUGUGAGUGUGUGAAGCAUGCCAGUGCUGGGGUUCAGGACACCAAAGAGCUACUUCGGCCGGUUACAAACAGAUGAUUAACUUGCCACUCCAGUUCCCCUUUCGGACCACAUUUCAUAAAGACAGCUAUGGUCCUCAGGUGGGUCUUGUCUUGACUUCUGACCUGAUAUCCUUGGACAAUGGGCUUGCAUUCCUGAGUGGGGUGGUAAGAGAGGACCCUCUCCCAUAAUCUGAUCAAACACAAGCCUGUGUGCCAUAUAAAUGGUCUCGUCUCAAUUCUAGUCAGGGUUCCUCCAUAGCUGUUGGACUACAUUAUCCCCAUAAUUCCUGGCCAUUGUUUAUGUUUGAGGGUAAAUGGCCUUCUUGGUAGUGGUGCCUGCCAUGUGGAACACCCUCCCGUCAGAUGUCAAGGAAAUAAACAACAGCUAUUAUUAUUAUUACAGGGACGCGGGUGGCGCUGUGGGUUAAACCACAGAGCCUAGGAUUUACCGAUCAGAAGGUCGGCGGUUCGAAUCCCCGCGACGGGGUGAGCUCCUGUUGCUCAGUCCCAGCUCCUGCCAACCUAGCAGUUCGAAACCACAUCAAAGUGCAAGUAGAUAAAUAUGGACUGCUCCGGCGGGAAGGUAAACGGCGUUUCCGUGUGUUGCUCUGGUUCGCCAGAAGUGGCUUAGUCAUGCUGGCCACAUGACCCGGAAGCUGUCUGUGGACAAACGCCGGCUCCCUCGACCUACAGAGCGAUAUGAGUGCACAACCCCAGAGUUGGUCACGACUGGACCUAAUGGUCAGGGGUCCCUUUACCUUUCUAUUAUUAUUAUUAUUAUUAUUAUUAUUAUUAUUUGAAUUUAUAUAUUUAUUUAUAUCACAGAACAAAAUCAAAAUAUAAAACCACAAAAUAUAUGUUGUUGUUGUUUAGUCGUUUAGUCGUGUCCGACUCUUCGUGACCCCAUGGACCAGAGCACGCCAGGCACUCCUGUCUUCCACUGCCUCCCGCAGUUUGGUCAAACUCAUAGUGGUAGCUUCGAGAACACUGUCCAACCAUCUCGUCCUCUGUCGUCCCCUUCUCCUUGUGCCCUCCAUCUUUCCCAACAUCAGGGUCUUUUGCAGGGAGUCUUCUCUUCUCAUGAGGUGGCCAAAGUAUUGGUGCCUCAACUUCAGGAUCUGUCCUUCCAGUGAGCACUCAGGGCUGAUUUCCUUAAGAAUAGAUAGGUUACAAAAUAUAUAAUCAAAAUAAAAACAACAGCCCAAUAAUGCCCCCCCCAAAACACAUUUUAAAAGGGCAUAUCUGAUUUUAGAAGACACCUGAAGGCGUGUCAGGGAAGUUUUUAAUGUUUGAUGUCUUACUGUGCUUAAUGUUUUUAUUUGUUGGAAGCCGCCCAGAGUGGCUGGGGCAACCCAAGCAGAUAGGUGGCUUCUUCUUCUUCUUCUUCUUCUUCUUCUUCUUCUUCUUCUUCUUCUUUUUCUUCUUCUUCUUCUUCUUCUUCUUCUUCUUCUUUUUCUUCUUCUUCUUCUUCUUCUUCUACUUCUUCUUCUUCUUCUUCUUCUUCGUGCUGAUGGGAAUCAUAGUCCAAUUUUGGGAAGGAACCACACUGGCUUUCUCUUGCAUUUGACAUCUCCCUCCCAAUGAACCCCCCCACAGUCCAGGCAUAUGAUGCAACUUUUAUUUUAACCCACCAAGUUGACCCACCUGCCUGGUUCUACACCUCUACCUUUUAUUGCCCCUCAGGGCCUUUUUUCGUUUAUUCCUUAUCGGUUGGAUGGCAAUUUGUCUCUAUUACUUGACUAAAAGGAAUGUGGAGGCCACUGCCUCAGGGCAGUUGGCACAUCUUUGCUGAUCUCAGGAGAAAUUGUCUUAUGUACAGAAACCAAGCCCUCCUUCCAACACACUGAGGAGGGAAUUCCCCCUGACAAGGGUGAGAAUUAAGGCGGUUCACGAGAGAGGAAGAGGAUUCUUUGGCUAUGAGAGUUGAUAUUAUCUUAGGGUUGUUUUUUACAGGCCCAUGUUGCAAUUCAGGAUGAACUGAGGCUUACGGUGGGCGCCUCCAAGCACGUUCCAAGUUAUUGCGUUUGGGCCAAUGGGUUUCACUGACCCAAGCCAAGAAAAAAACUAGUGAAUGAGCAAUGUCCUGUUGCUGAAUCCACACUGGGUGGUUUCUGCUUUGAUCAGUGAUGCUCAAGGACGUACAACAUAAUGCACCAAUAACUUGAUCUUAUGCAUGUUUAUUUUAAUUUCAAUUCAAUUUGUAUACAGUCAUACCUCGGAAGUCGAACGGAAUCCGUUCCAGAAGUCCGUUCGACUUCCAAAACGUUCGGAAACCAAGGCACGGCUUCCGAUUGGCUGCAGGAAGUUCUUGCAGCCAAUCGGAAGCCGCGGAAGCCUCGUCGGAUGUUUGGGUUCCAAAGAACAUUCGCAAACCGGAACACCCACUUCCAGGUCUGCGGCAUUCGGGAGCCAAAACGUUCGACUCACAAGGCAUUCAGGAUCCCAGGUACGAGUGUAUUGCCUUUCUUUAUAACUUAUAACUAUACUCAGGUAAAGGUAAAGGUACCCCUGCCCAUACGGACCAGUCUUGCCAGACUCUAGGGUUGUGCGCUCAUCUCACUCUAUAGGCCAGGAGCCAGCGCUGUCCGUAGACACUUCCGGUUCACGUGGCCAGCGUGACAAGCUGCAUCUGGCAAGCCAGCGCAGCACACGGAACGCCGUUUACCUUCCCGCUGGUAAGCGGUCCCUAUUUAUCUACUUGCACCCGGGGGUGCUUUCGAACUGCUAGGUUGGCAGGCGCUGGGACCGAAGGACGGGAGCGCACCCCGCCGCGGGGAUUCGAACCGCCAACCAUGUGAUCGGCAAGUCCUAGGCGCUGAGGUUUUACCCACAGCGCCACCCGCGUCCCUAUAACUAUACUCAAGGAAUGACUAAAUAUCCAACAACAGCAAAAAUCACAUUAUUGUCCUAUAACAGAGAAAUCCUAACUCUGACCAGAAAGCAGCAGCUUCCUAUGUUUGUUCCUGGGGGAAUAAAAAUGCAAGUACUGUAAUAAAACUUUUGGGAGACAAGCUAGGGGAGCUGCAUCUCUCUGGGUGGUGGUCAUUUCGGGAUUAGGGAUGUGGAUUUUUCUUUCACAGUUAAUGCAAAGAACCGGUGGGAUCUAGAAUAAGGGGUCAGCAAACUUUUUCAGCAGGGGGCUGGUCCACUGUCCCUCAGACCUUGUGGGGAGCUGGACUAUAUUUUUUUUGGGGGGAGAACAAAUUCCUAUGCCCCACAAAUAACCCAGAGAUGCAUUUUAAAUAAAAGGAUACAUUCUACUCAUGUAAAAACACGCUGAUUCCCGGACUGUCUGUGGGCCGGAUUUAGAAGGUGAUUGGGCUGGAUCUGGCCCCCGGGCCUUAGUUUGCCUACCCUUGAUCUAGAAUAUGUAAAGGUAAAGGGACCCCUGACUAUUACGUCCAGUCGUAACCGACUCUGGGGUUGCGGUGCUCAUCUCCCUUUAUUAGCUGAGGGAGCCAGCGUACAGCUUCUGGGUCAUGUGGCCAGCAUGACUAAGCUGCUUUUGGCGAACCAGAGCAGCGCACAGAAACGCCGAUUACCUUCCCGCCGGAGCGGUACCCAUUUAUCUACUUGCACUUUGAUGUGCUUUUGAACUGCUAGGUUGGCAGGAGCAGGGACCGAGCAACAGGAGUUCACCCCAUCGCGGGGAUUCAAACCGCCGACCUUCUGACCGGCAAGUCCUAGGCUCUGUGGUUUAACCCACAGCGCCACCCACAUCCCAUUGAUCUAGAAUAGAUGCUGCCUUACGUGUGGAGUAAAGCGAGGACAAUUCCGUCAGGACAUUUGCUGAGCGACAUUUUCAUAAAUUCACAACGGUGUCCCAAAUUGGCCUCCUUUCACUAAGUUCUGAAUCUGGCUUUCUGCAUGAAGCUUGCUACACGAGUGACCUUAAUACGCUCUCCAUUUCUGUUUUCCCUUCUAGCUCCCAUCCAGCAUGGCUCUUGUGCACGAUACGACUUAUAACUCCUCCAUCAAGGAACAUCUGGAGGCAGGAAUGCAAGAGCUUGUGCUCCUCACCGGGCUUCUGCUCCUCCCGUGGUCAAAUAAGGAGGAGAUGUGUGCUAAAACCCGUGGCCAGGUCACCAAAGCAUCGCAGUGUUUUUCCGAGGCCGAACAGAGUCUCGAGUCUCGCCUGCAGCUACUCGAUUCCCAGUCAGAGGCCCUGAUAGCCAUGAAGAAACUCAUGCAAGAUGACCUGCAGGAGCAGAAGGGGGACUUGGCGGACCUCGGAACCCAGAUCGUUGCCCUCAAGGAAGCUGAGAAGAAGUCCCGGGAAAUGCUGGAAACUGCGGAGGUGCUUCUGGAACAUACAGAGGAGCAGCUGAGACUGGCUCGUGAGGGAGUGGCAAGGAACCGUGUGGGCCGGGAAAUCGGCCUACGGAUGAUGGCCCUGCCAGGGCUUGGGUCGUUCAUUGGUAGGUUAUCCCCUGAGCCAGCAAGUCUUGAACCAGAAGUGGUACCUUCAAGAUACCAGAACAUCCCACCCCAACCCAUUCCCUCAAUACCCCCAUGAAAUAUACUCGGAGUCGAGUGUGGAUUUCAUGCUCUUUAUUCAGCUCAUAGUAGUGAGGAAUGAAAGUUCCCCCAAAAUAUCUGCUAUAUAUACAUUAUAUACACAAUGGGUCGCACGGGAUUGGCUAAUUCUGGGGUUCUCCUGUAGGCCAAUCAGGUUGCGAAUUCACUUCCACCUGGAGCUGGAUUGGGUGGCUCCUGCGGACCAAUCAUACUGCUGCAUUGUUCUAGGGCCAAUCAGACUGCUGCAUUCUGAAUCCUAUUGUUCUAGGACCAAUCAGACUGCUGCAUUCUGAAUCCUAUUGUUCUAGGACCAAUCAGACUGCUGCAUUUUGGAUCCUAUUCAACUCAGUACAUAACACCCCAGAUGAAAUUAUCACUGAUUUAUCUUUUCUUUUAGGAGCUGGCAUGGCUAUUGGUUAUCAGGCGGCCUUGGACUCAGCAGAGAAACUACUCAUUGAGGCACAACAGGCUGUGGACCUCUGCACAGCAGAAGUGGCUGGCUACAGUGACAAGAUCGCACGCCUCUCCCAAAAGGAGCAGAAGGUGCAAACUGGAAUCAACUCCGCAAAUCAAAGGAUCCCCCAGAUUGAAGCCCAGUGUGGUGAGCUGCUUGCUCUCCAGAGGGAAGUGACAGUGCAGCAGUCCUGGAUCAGAAACUGCCUUUCCCUGUUGGAUCUAUUGGCAGGCAAGAUUCACGCAGCCGAAGUCAUGUCCAGCUACGCCUGCGUCCCUGAGUUGCUGGUGGAUGUCUUGGAGGAAAUGGCAGUCGUGGUGGGAGGGAAGGAUGGAGCAGCAUUCCAGGCUGAUAAGGAACUCCAGGCCUCCCUUCUGGAAAUCAACAAAGCUGUGAAUUCUCUGAGAGCCAGAGCAGGAAAGAAUGUGUCCACUGAUGAUUAACCUCUCCGUGGUCUCUCCAGUCAAAAUGAUUUUAAACAGUACUGCACUGUACCUGUUUUCCCAUUCCAUUUCUCCAUUUCUGAUGUGUACUAGGAUGCGUACCUAAAUGCUGCUUACCUACACAAUUUGUAAGGGUUUUGGUAGCAGGAUUUUGUAUUGGAGUAAACCAAGUCCAAUAACUUUACUAGGUCAUGCUGUAUUUUAAAAGUAUGCAAAUGCUGAUGUCCUGAAAAAAUUCUGGAUGCUAUAUUGAGUGUGAAAAGCAACUGUCUUUUGUGUAUUGAUCCUAUAUAUUUCGGCUCACUACUGUUUUCAGGACAAGUAUUUUAUUGCCCUUUUGUGAGGGUGAUGACUUUUUGUCUGGCUUGGAUGUAGGGAGCAAGGUUGGGGUGGCUAUUUGCAGUGCUUUUGUCAGCCGGCACCAAAAACAAGAGCCAGCCUUUCCCUCCUGCCUAUGAAGACCUAUGAAAUCAACCUGUUGUGUUUCAUGCUAUGUUUGCUGCCCUUUGUAUUGAAAUCAGUGGGAGUUUAGUCAGUCAUAGGUGACUAUCUUUUUUGCACUGGUUUUCAAUGAGACCUGAUUUAGUGUGGAUCCAACCCCCUCUCAAAAUAAGCUUUCUCCACAAAAGUGAUGCCAUUCCUCCCUGCUUGCUAUGGAGAGAAUAUUGGAUGCAAUACACUUUGAGAGGCCUUCUUUAGCUCUGUAUAUGGUGACAACAGUGCAGUAUGUCCCACUGUAUUUAUUGGGGCUUACUCCCGAAUACAGGGACGCGGGUGGCGCUGUGGUGAAAACCACUGAGCCUAGGGCUUACCGAUCGGAAGGUCAGCGGUUCGAAGCCCCGAGACGGAGUCCCAGCUCCUGCCAACCUAACAGUUUGAAAGCACGUCAAAGUGCAAGUAGAUAAAUAGUUACCGCUCCGGCGGGAGGGUAAACGGCGUUUCCGUGCGAUGCUCUGGUUCGCCAGAAGCGGCUUAGUUGGCUCCCUCGGCCAGUAAAGUGAGAUGAGUGCCGCAACCCCAGAGUCGUUUGCGACUGGACCUUACAGUCAGGGGUACCUUUACCUUACUCCCUAAUAUAAGUGUUUAUAUUGUAGCCUCACAUAACUAUGAUUCUGUAAUCUUUAAGAUAAGAAAUCUGACUCACAUAUACAAUUUCUAGAAGUCAGAGGAGCGGUUAGAUUAGAAAUGCCAUUUUGUCCUUAUUUUGAUGUCUCCAAUGAUUAUGGUUUUGCUGAAAUGCAUUUUACUUUUUGUUAAUGGUUCAAAAUUCUUGCCCUCCAUAAGGUGGUGCUGGGGCAGGCUAUAUACUUCAUACAAAGGAGCAGGAAAUAGGCAGCCGGUCAGAUAACCUCUGCAAUUGUAAAUUGAUAGAAAAGGUGUGCAUAAAGACUCAAAUCAACAAAUCCCGGAUGGUGUUUGGUGUGGAUGGUCAAGAGAAACUUCCAUCUGCUUGAGUAGAAAUUCAAGGUGCUGUGUACAAAAC